AUGGUUGCUAUGCAACUUAUCUCCCCUUUCGGGGGGGUCAAUGGUCAAUUAUCGAGGUGCCGUAAAGAGUUGUGUGGGGUUAGGAAAAAAAGGGGGGUGGGGAAGAAGUGGAAGUUUAAAAAGGGGCCACAGCCUCCGCAGUAUAUUAAGUCGGACCGACCGUGUCUAUCAGUGUGGUUUGCGGGGUUAGUUCAGUGCGCUGUGUUGUAAAUCGAGACAUGAUAAAUGUUGUGCCCCGAUAGUAGCUUUAUUUUCCUACCCGGAUACACCUCAAGGGUCCAUGUAGUUAGUGUCAUUCAUACGGUGUACGUCGAACCUGCAAUCUUCACCAACAUCUCAUAAACAUUUUGUUGUUCCUUGCAUGGAGAUCGUUCGAUUUUUAAAUACAUGUGGUGGUAAACAAGGAUGGAGCUUUCUUGUGUUGUACUGUGCGUCAUCUGGAAUGCUCUGUCGACCGUAACGGUGGUCUUAAGUUUUCGGGACCUUAACUGGGACUCGUUGGAAAACAAGUGGCUGGACUUUCACGUGAAGUUCUGCGGCCGCGUCUGCAACGGAAGCCAGCUGGUGAUAGCGUACAAUGACUGCGAUAGAGCCAAAACCGCCGUACCAAAAUGUCUACCGUGUGACUGUGAACCGUCAUGCUAUAUAUACGACACGUGUUGUCCUACCCUGACCGACGGUGUUUUGACGCAGCCGGUGUAUUCCGACUCGGGGCACUUGCCUCGACCAGAAAGGUUUGUUUGUAAAAACUUCCCUUCCUACAGUAACUUUUAUGCGAUAUCUGACUGCAGCGAGGACUUUUUAAAAUCAGUGGAUGAUUAUGAGGAGACCAAAACAAGGGAUGGCGUCACAGUCUCGCACGAUGCAAAAACACCGCGAGACGUGGCCAUUCAACAAUGUGAGCAUCCUAAAACAGAAACUAUGGAUGACGUCAUCCCAUAUCUUGACUUAAAUUACGGCAUAGUUUUCAAAAACAAAUUCUGCGCAUUGUGCAACGGAUAUCAGAUAGUUCACAGGAACAACAUAAAAAACGACAGUCAUGUCGAUCGUACAAAACUGGCCGAUGCCUGGUCAUUGCAAGUGUCAUGUGACCAUUACCAGUAUUUGUUUAACAUUACCUCCGAGCUGGAGUUUUUCAAUACAGCCCUUAACAAAAAUGGCUGCCGCAUUAAGUAUAGUUCUCCCAAAUCCAAUUUCCCGCCAAAAGAGUGCCAAGCAAAUAUGCAGGUGGAUCUCGAGUCCACCUGUGUUUCAUCAGCAGAUACGACUGUGAAUGAAAACUGCCUCAACCUCAGCAGGCGUUACCUCAAAGUUGAAUCUUACAGAAAUAUUUUCUGUUACUUGUGUGCCGGGAGCAAGCCCGGAUGCAGCUCACCAAGUCGAGUCCCAGGAGUGGAACCGCUCGUUCCACCCAUUUCAUUGUUGUUGAGCUUCGACACGAACUACCAGCCAAAGUCACCAGAGCAUAAAACAUGCAACUUUUCAAGCGAGUGGAGAAAUAAACAGGUAAUAUAACAAAUAAACAGUUAGUAUAACAAAUAAACAGUUAUUAUAACGAAUAAACAGGUACUAUAACAAACAGGUAGUGUAACAAAUAAGCAGGUAGUAUAACAAAUAAACAUUUAGUAUAACAAAUAAACAGCUAGUAUAAAAAAUAAACUGUAUAACAAAUACACAGUAUAAAAAUAAUAAAUGAACAGUUAGUAUAGCGAAUAGAUAGGUAGUAUAACAAACAAGUAGUGUAACAAAUAAACAGCUAGUAUAACAAAUAAACAGGUAGUAUAACAAAUAAAGAGGUAGUAUAACAAAUAAACAGGUAUUAUAACAAAUAAACAGGUAGAGUAACAAAUAAACAGGUAGUAUAACAAAUAAACAGGUAGUAUAACAAAUAAACAGCUAGUAUAACAAAUGAGCAGGUAGUGUAAAAAAUAAACAGGUAGUGUAACAAAUAAACAGGUAGUGUAACAAAUAAACAGGUAGUGUAACAAAUAAACAGGUAGUAUAACAAAUAAGCAGGUAGAGUAACAAAUAAACAGGUAGCAUAACAAAUGAAGAUGCAAUAAAACAAACAUGUAGUUUAACAAACAAAUAAACCGUUAAAGUAAUAAAUAAACAGGUAGAGUAACAAAUAAAUUGGUAGUUUAACAAAUAAACAGGUAGUGUAGCAAAUAAGCAGGUAGUGUAAAAAAUAAGCUGGUAGACUGGUAGUGUAAAAAAUAAACAGGUAGAGUAACAAAUUAGGAGACAGUAUAACAAAUAAACAGGCUGCUUAAUAAAUCUUUUCCCACACUGUAUCCUAUACCAUGUGUUUUAAAUAAAUGAUUGCCAAUUUUGUCAACCAGAACAUGAGUGCAGAUUUUGUGCUUUAACUAAUAGUUGACCUUGAACUUUUCUUGGGACGAUAUGUUCAUUUCAUUGGCUAUCUUGUUAGUGCUAUCUUGUUAGUGCUAUCUUGUUAGUGCUAUCUUGUUAGUGCUAUCUUGUUAGUGCUAUCUUGUUAGUGCUAUCUUGUUAGUGCGAUAGUUAGACAUGACAGCACUUUUAAAAAUCGUUCAUAAUGAAAUUCAUUAAAAAAAAUUAUCAGUCAUGAUUAAUUAUUAAAACAUGCCCUGAUUCAAAAGUCCGCUUUGCGAUAUGCUUACUAAAAGUCAAUGUAAAGAAUACUGAUUAAAAAUAUCUGUAAAAAUAAUACAUGUAAAGAUGAAGCGAUAUUUGCAUGACUCAAACCUCUCCAUUUCCGCCACGUCAGGACAAGUGUUCACAAGCAGAGUGUUCCCCGGGAAAGCUGGCCACCAAGAACGAGACGUGCUCGAGCGCGAUAAAAGAGAUACGCGGCCUGGGAUACAAGAUGGCCAUGAGGCUUGUGGCGUCACAAGAGAUCAUCGUCUCCGACCGCCACGUGCAGGGUCUGCACGAAGAAACAUUCCAAAAGCUUUCCAGCCUCUCCACCGAACUGGAGCUGACCACGAUAAUCAAGGUUGGCGAAGGCAGCAACGUGCUGGAGGAAGUAUCAUUGUGCGCUUUUCUCAUCGGCCCCAACAACACACAAAGAGAUUAUUUUGAGUCGCUGAUGGUGAAACGAACGCAGCGCACCUGGGAUGUGAGACUUUUGCCCAAUACCGCGUUAGAGCGGAAUGUUACGCUGCGCCCAAUUCUGUUGGGAUUCAACUUGAAUGGACUUCAGACAAGCUCUUGCUGGGAUUAUAGCCGAACUGCUCAGUAUCGAAAUGGGUCAGUCACCGUCAACAGGUUUGAGCGUAUGUAUUUCAUUGGAGCGGGUGAAUUGAAUUCUUCGAGGCGGACCGGACAAAGGAUUUAUCAGUUUGGACAGAAAGCGGACAUUUUCCCAAAGCGUCUGUGGCACAUUAAGAAAGACUUCAUCGACGUGACGUACAGCCUAACAUGCCCGUAUGUCGUUGUGAACCUAACUAAACUAUCCAUAGAAGAUCAUUCAGCCAGUGUUAGUUUCGAACAUGAAGGGCGAAUAGUGGAACUUACAAGUUUACAAAAUAUUUCUCUAGUGGACGACCAAUUGAGGAUUUGUAUUGAUUUGUUUAAGAUGGCGACACGCGUCACACAGUCUACAGACAUCGUCAUACAGAUAUUGUAUUAUUUUCAAGUUGUCUGUGUGUCUGUUUCCAUAGUCUGUCUGAUUCUUUCAUUUGCAACAUUUUGUCUAUUUCCGUCUCUGCGAUCUCUACCAGGUUUAAAUAACAUGAGUUUGUGCCUGUCUCUGGCCAUCGCUCAGACUUGUCUUCUGAUAACAGUCCAAAAUGGGGUACACGGAGUUCUCCCCCCUAUCUAUUGUCUUCUUCACGCGAUAGUCCUACAUUACAGCUGGCUGGCGUCUUUCUUGUGGAUGAGUGCGUGUUGUAUCCACAUGUUUCGUGUAUUUACUUGUCAUGGCAACCAAUUUAUAAAUACUCGCUCUGACAAACAACGCCAUCUCAAAUAUUGUCUUUACGCUUACGGUGUCCCACUUUUGAUUGUGGCCUUCACCUUGGCCACCAACGCCGCGUUAACUUCCGGUGCAACUUUAGGUUAUGACGACACCAUUUGUUUCCUAGACACCCGCACGUCUGCUAUGAACAUCGCAUUGUCACUUCUACUUCCGUUAUGUUGUAUGGUUCUCAGCAAUGGGGUUUUAUUUGCACUAACAGUUCGAGGAAUUAUACAUGUGACAAAAAUACAAGAAACUACGACUAGAAGAGACAGUCAAGGUGUGAUGACAUACGUCAAACUGUCCACUCUGACCGGUGUGUUCUGUAUUGUAGCUGCCGUCUCGGUUUGGCUCAACAACAUCCCGCUCCAGUUUGUUACGUCUCCACUAAUGGCCCUGCAAGGUGUCUUCGUAUUUUUCUCAUUCAUUGUGAACCGUCGAGUGGGAAAGCUCUAUUCUAAUUUGUGGAACAAGAAAGGUUUUCACGACCAAUCCUCCUCCAGCAGCAGGAGUAGAAAGAGUGAUUCAACUUCCGGUAGGAGCAGACAAACUCUACUAUCAAAAUUCACAUCCAGCACUACGCGCUAAAGUUGUUGAGUACAAAUUGUAUUGAGCUAUUCAGUAGCUACUAAUCAAUAUGAAAUAAUUAGAAUAAAAGACAAGAAAGAAAAAAACCCCACAAAAAUAAACAAACUUAUGGACCCCAUAAAAAUGAUCUGCUAUAAUCGUGUUCGAAAUCUGGAGAAAAUUCUAUUUACCGGAAAACUUAGAAACCAUCCCCUGAACAAUGAGUUUUAAAAUGAAUAAUUCUCGUGCAUUAAGUGUGAUAGCUGUGUGCUUUAACUUUGAUCAUUUAUGUGUGCAAUAUCCCGAGAUGACGUCUUAAAAAAAAAUUGCUUCUAACAUGCUUCAGUUUAUGUUUAACAUGCUUGAGUGACUGGCUGAUAAGAGAGAUGGUACAGAGGCGUUGUCGUGAUGGGGGUCUGGCACAGCUACUAUUAAAGGUCGUCAAUGAGCCAUUUAUGACCAUUUGCUUAUCCAUAAACGUAUGAAAAACCAGUGGCGUAGCUAGGGCUGGUGCCGGACGGGGCGGGUCAACGUUUUGCCCCCCUCCCCACAAAAAGUCUGAAAUUUUCAAAAAAAUGCCACCCCUCAAUAUAUAUUGGAAAAAAGAGCUGCUCUGGGCGGACCGUCCCCACCCUCCGGCCCCCUUUUCUACGCCAAUGUCAGUUAAGAAAAUGUUAUCUUAAUUGUUUUGUUUUUUCUAUCCAGCUCGAUUAAUCUCAAGCGAAUCAAUUCAUGGUAAUGACCACCAUGAUGUUAUCAACCACUCUGUGUUUUGGAGAAAAGUUUACUUCUGUAAUGUUGUUUUAUUUAAGUCUUCAAACCUCAAACUUAUAAAUUAACUAAAGCCUACACAAACAAAAUAGUCUCUCACGCAACAAGAAUUAUCCUAUCUAACUCAUAUUAAUAAAGACGUCAUUCCUUUCAUAUCACCAAAAACAUGAGCUUGACAAGUCGGCAGUACACCAUUAAACUGCAUUCAGUGUUAGAGAGUAACUUCAUUGUUAUAGUUAUAUCAAUGUUUGCCCAUUAACUUUGUUUGAUGUCGCAUUUGUGAAAACAAUAAAGAUGAUUUAAUGUCAAAUUCUGCAUUGCCCUAGGUUCACUUGUGACGUCAUUGUCAUCUACUCAAGGGAAGUUACAUUGUUUUCAUGUCCUGUGAUGUACAGGGUUAUUGUUCACGUUCAAGAUCAAGCUCAAAAAUCAUAUUAACAACACUGAAUCUGA